UGUUUGCCCAGUUUCUGUUCGAACGUGGAACAUCCUGUAAUUUAUAUUCUGUGGCAAGCCGCCGCUGUCACCAAGCCGAUUAACCUCAUUAACUUUUGGCAUUUAGAUUCUUUGUGAACCUUCUUCAAGGAAAAUCAUUUAAAUUACGUUUCAUUUAAUGAGGAUGCUAAUGUAGUUGAUCGCACAUUUUAUUAAGGAUGCUACUUUUUAUUGACGGCCCUUCUUAAACACGAAUCAUAUAUAAUAUAUCCAUAAAUGUAACAGUUUUUGUCAGUAAAGCUAAAGAUUAUACCUAAUGGAUUUCCUCAUCAACCAUCCAUGUGAACUUUUUUAAAUUGAAAUUACUGCCAUUUACCUUUCUUCAGGAAAUUCUAAGGAUCUUGGAUAUCGUUUUCUUGAUAAUUUCAACAAGGAAGCAUAAGCCAUUUAAUGUCUGUGUAAAGAAUUGAAAGAGCGGCCAUCGUGAAACAACCCGAAGUAACAGAGUAUUGGAUCUUAUUUUCUGUAAAAAAAAAACAUUUUCACUGAACUGACUUCAAAGCAUCAGUAUUUAAGUCACGUGGCUUAAAAGUUGCAGACAGAAACAUAAACCUCUCUUGGACUGCUUAUAUUUUGUAAAUUCUCCCCUUGGAUUACAGCCCAAAGGAUAGCAAUGUCAGCAACUUGAUUUUUUUACUGAAUGUAAAAGUGACAGAAUUUUGCUUAUUGACCUUGGGAACACAAGCCACAAGCUUGCACAGAUUAACAGCAUCCAGAGGACAACGCGUACAUCCCACCCUGUGUACCUUACAUCACUUCUUCCUGUCUCUGGGGGACCUCUCAGCCCUUCCUCUCCCCACCAUGGUGAUGUCUCAGGGCACCUACACCUUCCUGGCCUGUUUCUCCGGCUUCUGGUUGGUCUGGGCCGUUAUCGUCAUGCUCUGCUGCUUCUGUAGCUUCCUGCAGCGCCGGCUGAAGCGCCACCAGGAGGAGAGGCUGAGGGAGCAGUGUCUGCGAACCGUAGAGAUGGAGCCACUCGGCUGCCCCCCCACAGGAUACCCGUCGCCGCCUCCUCCUCUGCCUCCUCCUCCACCCUUACAGCUGCCCAGAGAUCCCCCGCAGUUCUGUCCUCCUCAAAUCCUGUCGCCACCUGUCCCUCUGCAGGUUCUCCAUCCCAUGCCACAGGCAAACUGGAUCAGCAUGCCAGACACAGACGUAUUUGGGAAGCCGCCCUGCUAUGAGGAGGCAGUUCUGAUGGAGGACCCUCCCCCACCCUACAGUGAGGUCUUGUUGGACCCGCGAGGAGGCACCUACCUGAAGCCCGUCCCGCCCCGAGCUGCGCCCCCACAGCCCCCACCCAUUAGGGAACACCAGGAUCCAGCUCCGGUGUUCACAACGGAGACCAGCAAGCCUCCUGUGGCGGCCGUAUUCCCUGAGCGAGGUUACUCCUCCCUCAUUCGCCUGCCUUCAUCCCAGCGCUGGGACUCAUUGGGUCAUCUCUUAUCCAACAUGGACCUGAACCACAACAACCUCACGCCGCCGGGGGCACGCUCCAUCCAGGCAGCUGCCGCGAUGGCGACCAUGCCCCGGAGAGAGCCCAGGACUCAACAUGGGCUGCGAGGGGGGAUUCAAGGACUCCAAGGAGGCAUACAAGGACUCAGUGGAGGGAUACAAGGACUCAGUGGAGGGAUACAAGGACUUCAAGGGGGGAUUCAGGGGCUUCAGGGGGUUCAUGGACUAAGGGGACUGGAGCCCAGUUGCGGCCUGCCAACAGCCUUCCCUCUUCUGGGUCGUAGCACCGCCGUUUAGACCUCGAUUAUUAGAAAAUAAGUCUUAGUAACCAAUGAGUGGGUCUAUCUCUAAAGAGCCUUGAAGCAGGAGAUCUAUAGACGCCUCCUUUGCGGCUCAGUGUCUACAGCACUAACAGCACUAGUAGUAGAGAUUUAAUCCCCUGAAGAUCUAAAAGAGUGUUAAAGUGCUGCGAAAGGCGUCAGGAGCUCAAUUCCCCAGGCAGCUCUGUUGCUGGGAUCAUGGCUUUCGGCUCGGAGUAAAAGAGGAAAUUAAACACAACGUCUCGCACCAGUGUGGUUGAGUUACAGAGGCAUGCUGGUGUCACAGUAACGAUGAUUGAGUCUUUCAAACAACAGAGAAGGAGAAGGAGAAAAAAGGAUGAGUAAUAAUUCCAAAGGAUGAGCAACAAGCACAGCUGUUUCUCCACCUUUCAUCCUCCAUUUUUUUUAUCUCCCCCUUUCCUCUCUCCCUUCCUUUGUGUUCAUCCCGGUUCUCCUCUCGUUUCUCUGUGCCGAAACAACCUAUUGUACCAGCCUGCCGUUGCCAUGGUUCCCGGGAACUGUCUGUUGCUCACGUCGACCUCUCCUCUUUUAUCCGCACAACAUUUCCGAAAGACUCUGUUCACAGCUCGUCUCAUCUCAAGGACUGCAAGUAUUAACGGUGACAAAAGAGCGUGUGAGCCUUCAGUGUGGAGUCGGCCACCAUGUUUGUGACAUUAAAGCCCCGAAGGCCAGUUUUUACACCGAAAGACAAAACACACAGAGUGCAACAAGCUCUCCACAGAACCAAGCCUACUUGAACUGCAUUUUGUAACAUGCUGCGUUGUUGUUCCUAAUGACGUUACUGCAAACUGUUGCGGUUUGGCCUCAAUCUGGUAGUCUGGGCCCUUUUGGUGGUCGCAGAAUGGCGACGUCUGGGUCAUUUGAGUGAAAAAACAAAAUGUUUUCAUGUACAAAUGUUACUAUCAUUCUCUUAAGCUUUGUGACAAAUGCUCGAAUUGCUCUUGUGAAA